AAGAGCGGCUCCCAUAGAAAACCCUGCCCUAACUCCGCAAUGUCCUAAGGUAUGCUGUGCUUGUAGAGUUGCUUCCCUUUCGAGCUUCUCGAUCACCCCAAGAAUAUCAAACACUGCAACGGCCCCAUGGCUACCAAUUCGAUCAAGCUCCUGACUGGCAGCAGCCACCCUCAGCUGGCUGAGCUGGUCGCUAGCCGUCUGGGAAUCGAGCUGGCCAAGAUCAUGGUUCUCCAGUACUCCAACAACGAAUCCAGCAUCAGCAUCGGCGAGUCUGUCCGCGACGAGGAUGUCUUCGUGCUGCAGUCGACUGCCCCUGGCGACAUCAACGACGGCGUCAUGGAGCUGCUCAUCAUGAUCAACGCCUGCAAGACGGCCUCUGCCCGCCGCAUCACCGCCGUCCUGCCCAACUUCCCCUACGCCCGUCAAGACAAGAAGGACAAAUCCCGUGCUCCCAUCACCGCCCGUUUGAUGGCUAACAUGCUUCAAACCGCCGGCUGCAACCACGUCAUCACAAUGGACCUCCACGCCUCGCAGAUCCAGGGCUUCUUCAACGUCCCCGUCGACAACCUCUACGCCGAGCCCAGCACCCUCCGCUGGAUCCGCGACAACCUGAAGGUCCAAGACUGUGUCAUUGUCUCUCCUGAUGCCGGAGGUGCCAAGAGAGCUACUUCCAUUGCUGAUGGUCUCGACCUUGGCUUUGCUCUCAUUCACAAGGAGCGCGCUCGCCCCAACGAGGUUUCCCGCAUGGUCCUGGUCGGUGACGUCCGCGGCAAGAUCGCCAUCAUCGUAGACGACAUGGCCGACACUUGCGGCACCCUCUGCAAGGCCGCCGAGGUUGUCAUCGAGCACGGUGCUAGCAGUGCCAUUGCCAUUGUCACUCACGGCAUUCUGUCAGGCAAUGCCAUCGAGCAGCUCAACAAGUCAAAACUGACAAAGCUUGUCGUCACCAACACUGUGCCCCACGAGGAGAAGAAGGCUCUCUGCGACCGUAUCGAGACCAUUGACAUCUCACCCACUCUCGCAGAAGCCUGCCGUCGUACCCACAACGGCGAGUCUGUCUCCUUCCUCUUCAAGCAUGCUCCUGUCGAUUAG